AUUAAUAAAUUUCAUUUGCUCUUGUAAAUUGUCCAUCAUUCUAUCUCUCAAAGUUCCUAAACUCCUGCUUGUUAAUUAAAGCUAUAUCUCUAGCUAAAGCACACCAUGGAGUCUAACAAUUACAAUCUCCGCGACCCGUCGCUCUUCAAUUCCCAAGGUCUCAUCGGCGGAAGCUGGAAGUUCGCCCCCUUAGGCAAGACAUUCCCCGUAAUCGAACCCUCAACAGGAGAUGUCCUUCGUGAAUGUGCGGACUUUACCAAGCAAGACUUUAUUGAUGCCAUUGAGUCAGCUCACGACGGCUAUCAAGAGUUUUAUUCCAAAACUACUGCCAAAGAGCGAGGAGUAAUUCUACGUAAAUGGAACGAUUUAAUCCUUGCAAACUUGGAAGAUUUGGCAACCAUUCUAUCCCUAGAAAAUGGCAAGACCAUAGCUGAGGCUCGCGGCGAAAUCACUUAUGCCACCUCGUUCAUCGCCUGGUUCGCUGAGGAAGCCACUCGCAACUACGGCGACACAAUACCCUCUUCCUAUCAUGACACAACCGUCCUAACAUUUAAAGAGCCCGUAGGUGUAUGUGGCAUUAUCACCCCAUGGAACUUUCCCGCCGCUAUGAUCACCCGCAAGAUCGCACCUGCAAUCGCGGCAGGGUGCUCAGUAGUGAUCAAGCCACCUAGUGAGACGCCGUUUAGUUGCAUAGCCCUUGCUAGGCUCGCAUUGCAGGCGGGGAUUCCUGGAUCAUGUCUACACGUCGUUCCCACUAAGGAUAGAGAAGCCUCGUUACAGCUGGCAACCCAUCCUAAAGUUAAGAAGCUCAGUUUCACGGGCAGCACAGGCGUGGGCAAGAUGCUGGCACGAAUGGCAACAGAGACCAUGAAAAGAGUCAGCAUGGAGUUAGGAGGUAACGCGCCAUUUAUUGUGUUUAAGGAUGCGAAUUUGGAAUUAGCGGUCGCGGGUGCGAUGGUGUCGAAAUUUCGGUCCUCAGGGCAGACUUGUGUGUGCGCAAACCGUCUCCUCAUCCACACCUCCGUCGUCGAGGAAUUCACAACAAAGCUUGUGGCUAAAGUUGAAGCACUCAAGCUCGGUUCUGGCCUCGCAGAAGACACCAGCCAAGGUCCGCUCGUCAACGCUAGCGCGGUCAAGAAGGUAGAUACUCAUGUCAAGGACGCAAUUAGUAAAGGCGGUAUUCUCCGAACCGGCGGCAAGGCGCCAGAAAACCUCAAAGGGUACUUCUACGAGCCUACUGUCAUCACAAACUGCCAUCCAGGCAUGGCCGUGGCUACCGACGAGACUUUCGGCCCUUUGGCGGCAAUCUUCCCCUUCACUACCGAAGCCGAAGCUCUCGCGCUCGCUAAUGAUACUGAGCUGGGCCUUGCAGGUUACUUCUUUAGCAAGGAUAUCGGGACUGUGAUGAGAGUAGCGGGGAAGCUGCAAGUCGGCAUGGUUGGAGUGAAUACGGGAUUGAUUAGCGCGGCGGAAGCACCAUUUGGAGGCAUAAAAGAGAGUGGCAUAGGAAGAGAGGGGAGUCGGUAUGGGUUGGCGGAGUACCAGAACUUGAAAACCGUGACGAUUGGGAAUACUCAGGAUUAAUUAGGACUAAAAGGUUAUCAUACAGCAUGUCAUGAUUAAAUAGGUA